GAAGAAGAAGAAGAGGAGGCGGAUUAGACUGACGUUGAUAACCCAACCAAACAGGAAAAGUGUGAGCUGAAAGACAGUAACAGCGAAGGCACCGGCUGUCACGGGAGGAUUAACCUACCGAGACUCUGUUGCCAACAUGUUGUCUGAGGGGGGCUCCUUCAUAAAGGGGAUGCUCAUUGGAGGCAUCUUCUGCUUGGUGCUGUCGCUGCUGAGUAGUUUCAGCCCUGUCACUGAGUCCAGGACGGAGGAGCACCAUCAUCAUCACGUCAAGGCUGCCAGCAAAGACGAGCUCCAACAGCUUUCUGAUGGCAGAUUGCAGGAGCUGAACAAUCAACUCCAGGUCUAUUGUGUCAUCAUGGUCCAACCCAAAAACUUGCUUUACUGGGCCACAGCUUUGGACACUUGGACCAAGCACUGUGACAAGGCUGCUUUUUACACCUCUGAGUCCUCUAAGGCACUGGAGGCCAUCAACCUGAAGGAAAAAGAUGACUGGGUCAGGCUGCGGAAAGCUUUGAAGCAUGCCUAUGAGAAUGCCGGAGACAUCCGCUGGUUCUUUGUGGCGGAGCCCUCUACCUUUGCAAUCAUCGAGAACCUCAAGUAUCUGGUGCUCACUAAAGAUCCAGAACAACCGUUCUACCUGGGGAAGGCCAUGAAGUCUGGGGAGCUGGAGUACGUAGAGUUCAACAGCGGCAUCGUUCUUAGCUAUGAAGCCCUGAGGAGGCUGGUGAACGUAUUCCCGGAUGAGGGCAAAUGUCCAGAAACGGGACGUGCUUUGUGGAAGCUGAGCAAUGACAAGCAGCUUGCUGAGUGCCUGAAAUUCACAGGAGUGUUCGCAGAGAACGGGGAAGACGUACACGGAAAGGACCUGUUCAACAGCAAGGGCGUGGAAAGCUUGAUAAAGGAGAGCAUGAACCAGAACCCAAACAACGUGGUGGAGGGCUGCUGCUCCGACAUGGCCAUCACCUUCAGCGACAUGUCCCCGAACCAGAUGCAGGUCAUGAUGUUUGGGGUUUACAGACUUCGACCGUACGGACACGACUUCCACGACCUAUUGACGUUUUAUCCUCCCAAAGGGUCGGACAAUGACUAGUCACACUCAGCCAGGCUAGAUCUGUUGUUUUUAAACACUUUGCUUCUGUGAUGGCAAACUGGACUUUGGAUAUUUUUUUUUUUCUGGUGAUGUUUCUAAAACGUUUUUCUUAAUAAGUUUUAUGUACAUUUGUAACUUUUGCACUUGAAGCUGUCUGGGCUGUUGACCAGAGCGGAUGGAUGAGCCGUUCACUGCAGGAGGGGACUGUGGAUUUCACCCUAGAGUAUCUCAAUUUGAAUUUCGGUUAUUGAAGUUUUGCUCUGCAUCUUUUUGUUCUGCAUAUUGUGUUUUUAUUCUAAUCCCGGGUUUAUUAAAAAAUGGUGUUAAUGUCAUUAAUCUGUGGAGUUUUACCAGAUAAUGAUCCGAUUUCAUGUUACGUCGUCGCAACCUUGAUCUUUAUGGAGACGGACGUAUCAGGGCGUGGUUUGGAUGUUAUGUUCGAUUUUAUCAUUUAUGAGGAUUUAGCAGUUAAAAAUGUUUCAGGCGACACAUUUUCUUAUUUCUUCCUGUAUUUUAAAGUUGGAUGAUUUUGCUUUUUGAUAAUAAAAAUGAUAGAAAUGAAUCAUCGAAGGAAGUUUUAUGAUUUAUAGCGGCAGAAAAAGAAUGUAUUUACACGUCUAAAUCUGUAGUUUUACACUAAAAUGGUAAUGUGGACUAACUUCAGUGGGUUGUUUAUACAGGAUAUCUCUACUAGAAAAUAAAGAUCCCAC